AUGGUAUCAGGAAGAAAAGAAUGGCCAGAACUAUUCGAACAAUCAUUUCAUACAGCAUCCAGAGCUAUUCGAGCAUUUGAUAGUCGAUUAAGACCAUAUAAUGCAAGAAAUGGCGUAGAAAAUCACAUGUAUGAUCCAUUUCGAGUAUCAUGUGUUACGAAUAAUAAUGAUAUUGUGGUUGAAGUUCCAUAUUAUAAUUACCAACGAUGGUAUUAA